UGAAGAACUCGUGGCGUUCGUCUCCAUGGUUCUUCAGCAGUAGCAGGCGAGCCUUCCAGCGAUCGUCGCUGGUGCCUAAGAGGGGCAUCCGCGUCUCCUGAAGAAAGCACCUCAUUUCGCAGACGAAUGCACCAACAUCAAGUUGAAGACCCGUGACUGCAAGUUGAAGAGGACCCGUAUUUGUCUACGCUUAGUCCAUAACGCGACAACGAAAAACGACAAAACAACUAGCGACCACUCCAACUCCUACGAAAAAUCUUCACCCAGAACAAUGUUGUCGUCGACAAACGGCGGAUCUUCUGGGCAUCAGGGAGCUUCUUCUGGAGCUCCCGGAGGAGCUGCUCCCGGAGGAGCGGUCGGCUCAUCGUCUAGUUCAUCGUCUACGCUUUCACGUGCUGCUUUAGAAGCUACCGUGAAGGGCCAAGAAGCGCAGUUAGCCUUGAUGAGCGAGUCUCUGACGAAUUUGCGGUCAGAAAACAAACGACUCUUAGAGCAACAGGUGACAGCGACUGACAGCAUACUUGGAGGUUCGGGUGGGAAUGGCGCUGGCAGCGGAGGUUCUUCAUUUGCCAAAAGCAUGCUUGGUGGAUUGUUUGGAAGUUCAUCUGGCGGUGUUGGUGGUACUAAUAACACAAGUGGAGGUAGUAGCAGUUCUUUCUCAGCAGGAGGCAACAUAGAGUCACAUCUAAAACGAGCUGAAAAGCAGUUAGAAGAACGCGCUUCACGCAUCACCCAGUUAGAAACGGACUUGAAGAUGGCCCAGAACAAACUUUCCAUUGAAGAAUGCAAGAGAACGACAGAUCGGGAAAAGUCUGCGAUGAUAGAGAAACGAGCCCAACAAGCACAUGCGGAGUUGCAGCACGCGAGACAGAGUAAGGAACAGGCAGUGGAGGAGGCGAAAAGGAAAGUCGAGACCUUGCAAAAUGACGCAAGACUAAGUGCCGAUCGAGAAAGAAGUCUACAACAACAAGUUGCUGCAUUGCAGGAUGAGGUAUCAAUAAUCGACAUCGACUCUAGUUAUAGUUUAUUUCAUGUUGUGAUUAAAUCUGUCAGAUUGCAACAAGCGACACAGAUUUACUACAUCUUUCUCUAAUUCUUGAGGUUGAAACGAAAUCCUCCUGAUCUAUUUCACGGUCUUGAAUUCACCACCACUCUCACUUUCUCAAUCCCUUCUUCCAGCUUACUGCCGUGAAAAGCGAGUCCCACGUGGGACAGCUGAUCGACGAGCUUCAGAGUCUGAAAGGGCAGUUCUGGCGACAAGAGGCUGAGGUCAAGAACGCCCAAGCUGAGAAGAAAACCAAUCAGACCAUCUUCGAAGCUGAAGUCGAGAGAUUAACCUCCAUGUGCAAGAAGCUCGAAAAGGACAGUCUUAGACUGACGCAGGACAAGAGUGUCUUACAAACGCAAUGCGAUGAACAGGAGAAGCAGAUCGAGAGGCUGACUGGUACUGUCGCUAUUAUGUGGCAAAUUCAAUUCUUCUGAUGGAUAGCGUCACUGCUAGUGAUCAGUAGCUUGAAGAUAGUUGUACCGUGCUGAUUUGAUUUAACCACCUGACACUUCCAGUAACCCUAAAAAGCCUAAUUAUAACGCUGAGUCUGACUCUCUCCAAACCAAACCACACCUCAGAUAUGAACUUCGCGAUGAAGCCGUACAUAACGCAAGCGACGCAGGGGAAUAUGCAGGGUCAGGACUUCAUUCAAGACUUGAUGGAAGCGAAGAGUCGCCUCGUCGAAGUAGAGCGUGAAGCUGCUGAUCGGGAGAAGGAAUUGGUAUUCGAUUAAUGUUUGCUUUGGUGCUACGUACCCUGUGAUGUUGUAUCUUUUGUAAGUAUUGUUAUUCGAUUAAAGCUUGCUUUGAUGAUACGUACCCUGUGAUCGUGAUGUUGUAUCUUUUGUAAGUAGCUGGUUUUGGUGGAAGGGCAAGUGCAAGUGAUCGAAAAUUAUAGCAGUUCCAUAUCGUGCGUCCAUUUAACACUGACAGUAACUUCAACAUGUCAGAUUGUCCAUCGAAAAUUAGAACAGUUCCAUAUCGUCCAUUUAACACUAACUCUAACUUCAACAUUUCAGACUGUCGAUUUCCAGAACCGCCUAAAGGAAGUAGCCGAGCAAGCAGAUGAAGAUAGCCGACAUCUGAAAACGCUGAUUGAGAACCUGGAACAAGAGAAGAAUCUCCUUCAGGAGGACUACAGACUGCUAAAGGUCACGCGAGAACGCGAGCAAAAGGAGCAUCAGUUCGAAAAGCAGAGGAUGAGGGAAGCGGUAUAACUGGAAUUUGUUCUUCGCUUCGAGUUCGAUGUUUUUCUUUCCGAAUUUAUUCCCCUUUCAACAUCCGUUGGUAGUUUCCUUUGUUUCUUCACCAAGAUCAACAAAUGCCUCAUCUGAGAAGUUCUCUCUGACUCAUAUCUUUCAACAAAAACCACAGUCUUCUUCCUCUUCCGGUGGUGCUGGCACGCUCGAGUCCGUCCUCGGCAACCAAGGCCUUCUCGAACUGCGCAAGGAGCUGCAGCGCGUCAGUGGUGAGGGCGACACUGCCAGACAUCAGAGAGAUCUCCUGUCGCAGCAAAUCAGCAAGAAUGAGGAAGAACUCCGCGAAAAGGAUUUGGAGCUGAGAGCCUUGACGCAAAGGAAUCAGGUCAGCGCUGUGAGGAUACAACAGUUGGAGGCGCAGAAGGAGGAAUCUGUGGAAAAAUGCACUCGAUACGCAAGAGAAUUAGACGAGUCGUGGCGCCAAGUGGAAGAGCAAAAGUCUCAGCUAAAUGCGUUUAAGAAGCACAUGGUGGAUCGCAACGACGAGAUCUAUCGCAUUGACCGCGAACGUGCUGCUUGGCAGAGGGAAAAGCUACUGCUUAGUGGCGAAAUGGAAAAGCGCGCCGAAGCCAUUGAACGCUUGGAAUCUGAACUAGUCACCUCGAAACAACAGAGGACUGAGGAGUUGAACAAGAUGCAGAGCGAGUUGGAUGAAAAGACCAGUCUUUUCUUCGCAGAGGAACGUGAACACAAGCAGUUGCAGGCUAGUUUCAAGGCUAAGUUGGACAAAGAAGUCGCGACCUUGUGGGAGCUAGCAAAGGCGGAAAGCACAAAGGAGAUCCACAUGUUGCAGACAGAGCUGGAUUCAUGCAGAAAGCGCAUUAGAGAUCUUGUUGCUGGCAGUGCAGUCGGAGCAGCAGGUGGGGCUGGAGACAGUAGUACCGCAGGUGCAGUAGUGCCAGUUGUAACCUCUUCAAGUUCAUCCUCGUCAGGUGCUGCUGUCCUUGACCAAGCAGCAGCUUCUUCUGCAACUGGUGUUGAGAAGCAACUCAAUGAAGUUGUUGUAUCUUCAAUACAAGCACAACCAGGAGCAGCCACAUCCACCUCUAGUAGUACCCAGGUAGCGGCGACAACGACAACCACGACUAGCACCACAGUAGUCAUAACUUCCUCUUCUUCCUGCGCGACUCCUCCUACCUCCUCGCCACCCCUUUCCAGCCAAACCGUUCCUGGUGGUCUAGCUGCAUCCCUCGAGAGUUUUGAGGUUGGCAAACGCGCCUUAGACCUGAAGCAAAUCGAGAAGAUGGAGGCUCUUAGAAACGAGCAAGCGGCUUCUAAACGCAUCUUGGAAGACGCUAAGGCCGCUCUGCAGCAAAAGAUAGAUGAGCAGGUCGAAAAAUGCUCUAGGCUGCAAAAAGAGCAGGAAGUGUUGGUCACCGAACUAGCACAACAGAAGCUGUUGACUGAGAAGCUGCAGUUGGAGCUGACGUCCAGGGUCGAGGUCGCCGAGUUCGACGAAUGGCGAAGACAACACGAAACUCUGAAAGCGGACUUGGAAACUACGAAGGCGAAGCAGGCGAAGACCGAAUCAGAAGCCAAGGUUGCUGCUCACGUCCACUUCAUGGAGAAGGAGGGUUUGCAGCAGCAACUCGUGAAGAAAGACGAGGAUGUCGCUCGGGCUAGAGCCUUGCAAGAAGCAGAGUUGCUCAAACGCCAUGAGUUACAAACUAGUCGCGACCAACUCCGUCUCCAACACCAGGAAACACAGCAGCUGUUGAAGAAGUCUGUCGGAGAAGCCGAUGGCUUGAAGCGCGAAGUGCAAAGACUGCAGCAGGAGAAGGCAGCAGACGAGCAGUUCUUCCAGAAUGGUUUGAAGGUGCAGAGAGAACAAAAGACGGCACUGGAGACCAUGAUCAGCGGCUUGGUCGUCGGGCCAGACGACAUGACCGAGUACCUAGACCAAGCGCGCAGGAUAGAAGAACUCGCGAAUCUGCGUGUGCGAGAGCUGGAACUGGAGAAGGAACAACGGCAGAAAGAGAUUGCGAUUCUGCAGAAGAACGAGUUGCUGAUGAAACAGCGAGUAGAACAAGAGACGCAGAAGGCUGCGAUGUUGAAAAGCCAGAUGGAGGAAGCGGAGGCUAAUGCGCAUGCUGCAACCGAGUUGACGCUAGAGCGGAAGAAGGUAAUGGAACUAGAACGGGUCGUGGAUGACUUGAAGAAGAAGCGACACGAAGCGGCGAGGGAAUUGAGCGAGGUAGUACCUAAUUGUAAUUCUUAUUCUGUUUUUUCGACUUUCGUGUUCGUCCAAGUCUACCUGUCCUUUCAAGAAAGAACUUGUCACAAUUUAUUUGCAUGAUCCACUUCUACCACUAGUACUUGCUAAUGAAGACAAGAACAUAAAUUUCUUCUUCACGACCCACAGGACCCACUCGCACUUUCAUUUUCUCUACUCUCGUCUCCAGGCGCAAGCCGAGCAGGGUCCUCAGUGGAACAAGUUGAAGUUCAGUGAAGCAGAGUUGCGAGAGCGUCUAAGCACUCUCGAGCGCACUUUGGGCGAAGCGACAGGUGAUCUUGAGCGGGAACGAGCUAAGACUCGCAAAGCCGCCAUUGAGAUUCGCGAGAUGCAGAUCAAAAUCCAAGGUCACGACUCUGACAAGGCUUCCUUAGCCACGCAAAAAGACGAGGAGAUUGAACGCGUGAAGCAACAAGCCAAGAUGGUCACGCAGAUGAUGAAGGAGACGAAAACCAAGUUGGCAACUGCGCAGGCUGAAAUCGCGCAGAAAACUGAACAACUAGCUGCUCAAGACACGAAGCACAAAGCGGAAACUGCGCAACAAAAAGCAGAACGCGAUCAAGCUGUCAAGGACUUGACUACCGAAUUGGAAGCGAAGACCGCUCAGAUAGCGCAAGAUGAUACAGCGCGCAGUAGUCAGCAAGAGAGGUGGAAAAAACAAUACAAUGUUAUCAAGGCGAGAGCUGAAGAUUUCCGAAACAAGAUGAUGGCUGCGCAGCAAGUUUCCGAGUCUGAAUUGCAAGCUGUGGCUGUGGUAAUUUUUUCUGUUCAUGAAAACAAGACUGUCAUGAUCAUCUUUACCUGCUGUUUUUCCUCGGUAAGAAUUACAGGUGAUCAUAUGAUCUUUCGUCACAGACAACCCUAAAAGAUGUAAAUCAAAAUCUUCAUCUUGAUCUAUACUUAAUCCCCCCUACACUGCAGGCCCAAGAACUCACCGCCAAGCUGACCGAAGUGACUGCGCAGCGUAAACAGCAGGCAGCUCGCGUCGCCACCCUCGAGAUGGAGAAGAGUCAAGUGCAGAACGAGCUGAAAAACGCCCAAUCCGAAAAAGCAGCUGUUGAAGACAAGCUCAAAGAGGAAACUUCCAAACUCUCAGACGCCACACGCGAGUUAGAAACGAAGCAGAAGGCCUUUGAUGAGGAACGGUCUACCACCUCCAUUCGUGUCCAAGCCGCGGCGACAGCCCAAGCGGCAGCGGAGGCGGAAUGCCACAACUGGAAGACUGAGUUAGAGCAGACGAAAUCUCGCGAAAAAGCUCUGCGAGAGCAAUUGUUGUCGAGUGGCAGUCUCCAGAACGUCGAGGCUAGCAAAGUCGCCGAUCUAGAGCACGAAAAGGAGGAGUUAGAGCGCAAGAUCGCUCGCCUCGAGGCUAGGUUAGAGGAUAAGACGCAAGAAGUUGCACGCUUGUUAGCGGAACACGAGAAGGAGCUGAGCACACAGCGCGAAGAACAUGCGCUCGCACUGACGGAGCGCGCGGCUGUGCAUGAGACUGAACUAACCGAACUGCGGGAGAAGAAUCGCGAAGCAGAGGAAGCUCUGAAGCACGAAACUGCUCAGGUCCGCGACAACAUGUCGAAGAGCAUCAGCGAUUCGGUAAUUCGUUGUGAAGAAGAACGCCUGACCAAGGACUUCGAGAACCGGCUCAAAUUGGAGAAAGAACGUCUAGCUACGGCAAAUGCCACAGUUCUCGAAGAGUUGAAGAACGCUAAUGCGGCUGAGUUUGCCACUAAAAAAGCUGAGUUCGAAGCUGCACAAAAGCGUCUUGAGGCAGAACUCCGUGACAGGGAAGCAGCUGUUCUCGAGGACAAGGAAUCCAAUCUUCGAUCCGAGUACACGGCCAAGAACGACAAGCUUCAAGCCGAAUUUGCUGAGAAGCAAACCGCUCUGGAGCAGCAGUUUACUGAGAAAACGUCUGCUUUAGAAAAGGAGACGGCGGAAAAGCGAGCAGCACUGGAGAAGCAGUUUGUUGAGCAAGAAACAGCACUGCGGGAAGCUUUGUCUGUCGAGAAAGCCGACUUCGAAUCCACAUGUGAGGAAAAGAUGCUCGCCAGGCAUCAGGAGAAGUGGGACGCUUUGACGGAGAAGCAGACAGCCACAGAUGCAGCAACCGCGAGCUUGGAGACUGAGAAAGAGCGCGUGGAAACGUUGCAGAAAACUUUGGAGACGCAGCGUACUGAGCAGACAGCAAAAGAGGCGGAUUUGGUGGCCAGGGAGACUGCAGUGAAGGAAAAAGCAGAAAGUUUUGAGAGGGACUUGAAAGCCCAGUAUGAGAAGCUGACGAAGGACAAAGAAACUGAAUUUGCUACGAAGACGACACAGUUGGAGACUAGUGCAGCGUCAAAGGAGGCUGAGCUCACGAAGAAUGUCGACGACAAAUUAGCGGAUUUGGAGCGCUCCAGAGCCGCCAAACUAGCCGAAAUCGAAGCUCAAGGAACUGAGGAGCGUUCUAGACAAGAGAAGCAGCAUCAGUCUCGCUUAGCAACCCUAGAGGCUGCCUACACACUGAAGAGUUCCGACUUGGCUGCCGAGUUGCAGCAGAAGAAAAAGGAGCUACUUCAAGAGAACGAGACUAGAUCCGAGCUUGAACGCGUGAAACUGGCCGAACAGAGCCGUGUUCAGCUGGACGUUUCGAGGAGACAACUCCAGGACCGCUUAGACGAGCGUGUGCGAGAGCUGACAGCCAAUUUCGAUUCUGCAGUUUUGGCUAGGGUCGAAGAGGAGAGGAAACUCCUAGUGGAAAUGAAGGACAAGGAACUGGCAGAGUUUAAAGCUAGUGUGUUGGGAGAUGGGUCUGGUGGUGGAGCAGAAGGAGAGGAGGGCAGUGAUGCUACUGCGGAGCAAAAGCGUGCUGCCAAUCUCCUAGUGGCAGAACUAGAGUCUCAAUUAAACGGGAAAAUCGCAGAAAUCGAGGAGCUGCAGGUCACAUUGAUCUCAAAACAAGCACAGCUUAGCUCGAAUAAGGAGAAGUACAGUGUCUUGAUGAAGUGCUUUGGCGAACACCGCAAUUGCCUCAAGCAAUGGCAUAGUCAGAUGGAGACUCGAGGUUUGAACCCAGGGCCAUUGCCAGCACUACCGCCGAAAAGUAAUCCGCAAGCAGGUCCUGGAGGAGAUAAAGCAACUGGUCCUGGAGGAGCAAAAGCAGGUCAAUCUUCUUCAGGAACGACUCCUUCUGCUUCUCUUGCUGGCAUGCCAUCUUCCUCAGCGACGCCGACUGGAGCUGGCGCUUCUGGCUCUGUCUCCUUCUUCGGAUCGUCGUCAGCGAAGACAGGAUUAGCAGCACCUCUCACAGCUCUCCCAUCAUCUUCUUCUUCUUCGACCGCAAAAAACACCGGAGCAUCGUCCACAACCACUAUUACAGCGACGUCUACCUCUAGUACCUCAUCUACAAGUUGUACAGCCACUAAAACAAGUAGAACUGCUGCUUUUGUUCCACCCACUGGUGUUUCUGCGUCUAUGUUAGCAGAGCGCACAACUCCGGAAUUGAACGCCGUUGCUGAGUUAGAGAAGCACAAGUUAUUUGUCGAUCCGGCGUCUUCUGCAGCAGUAGAGCAAGCACCACAAGCAGAAGAGGAUGAGCAAGUUGCAGCCGAAGAUGGAGAAGCUUCUCCUACUAGUGCUGCGCAGAGAAACAAGAGGGUGAGUGAUCUCUCCUUCCACGAUGCACAGGAGGAACUGCCGGACGCCAAGAGAGCGAAGGUGGAGAAAGAUGUUGAAGCUGUCGUGUCUCCAGAUCAUGAAUCGGGAGGAGCACCUGCUGCAUCUGGGGCAGAGGAUGAAGCAAUGGCUCAAGCUGCGGAAGACGAAGAAGCUGGUGGUGCUGAAGAGGAAGCUGCCGGUGAAGAGGAAGCUGCCGGUGAAGAGGAAGCUGCAGCCGAAGAGGAAGCUGCAGCCGAAGAACAAGCACCUCCUGCCGAAAAACAAGCACCUCCUGCCGAGGAGCAAGCACCUCCUGAAGAUGAAGCACCUCCUGCCGAGGAGCAAGCAGAGGCCGCUGAUGAGACAUGUGCCGAUACAACCGGAGCCGCACCUGCUGACCAGGAGCAACCACCGGCUGCAGAGGAACAAGAGGAAGAAAAUGAUGCUGGUGAAGCAGCGGAACAAGGGGCAGACGCGGAAGAGGAGAUGGCAGCGGAAGAGAGUCCUACAGCUGAGGAAAGCCCAGCAGAGGAGAGUCCUCCAGAGGAGAGUCCGCCGGACGCUUCGGGAGAAGACGAAGUAGUAGAGGAGAGUCCGGAGGAGGAACAUCAGGUGGACGAACAACGACGGGAUGCUACUGCAAUGGAAGACGUGCAAGAGGAACAGGAAAAUGCAGACGAGGUCGUAGACGCUGCGCCAUCAAGUGAAAUACCUCCAGCAAACGAAGCGGCAGAAGCAGUGCAAGAUGAAGCAGAAGUCGCCGACGAGGCAGCUAUGAAUGAGGAUGUUGAACAAGCUGCAGCUGUAGAUGGAGGCGAACCAAUGAUGGACCCGCCUCCAUCUCCAGAUGCGGACGCCGAAGACGACGAUCAAGCACAAGCUGUUCCUCCCGAAGCUGAAGGGCCUGAUGCCGCAGCACCUGAGAUGAUUGAAGUGGAGUUGUCACCGUCACCUGCUGACGAGGAUGCUGAAGAUGAGGAUGACGAAAUUGGUGCUGACAUAAACGCUGUCAGAGAUCAAAAUCCGCCUAUAAUUAUGCCAAAUCAAGAAGCUGGUGAUCAAGAAAUGAAUGUCGAAGAACAAGCUGAUGCACAUGCUGGUGAGCCUACUGAGCUUCAAACAGCCUCAGGAGGUGUAGAAGCUCCAGCAGACAGUGAUCCUCAAAAUGAAGAGGCUACUGCAGCAGCAGAGGGAGAUGCACCACCACAAGUAGAGGAAACUACUGGCGCUAUUCUUGAUAACGACGUCGAGCCGGAGGCUGCCCCUUCUGCCGAUGUAGAUGCACCACCGGCCGAAACGAAUGAGAACCAAAUGGAAGACAAUACUGAUGCUGCUGCUCCGGGAGAUGCUGCGAUGGAAGGCGACGCCGCAGGUCAGAAGGAUAUUGAUGCCAUCUCUAUCCCUUCUUCUCCUGAAGAUGACGAUGAUGAAGUAGAAGCGGCUCCUGCUGUUGUAGAAGAACAGCAACAACCUCAGCAGGGCCAGGUAGAAGGCGGAGAGGCAGUAGAGCAGCAAGAAGAGGCUGUAGAAGGCGAUGUUGAGCCAAUGGAGGUAGACGAAGAGGGUGGUGCGGUCGUUGAAGACCCUGCUGAGGUUGAAGACCUCGACCUGUCGCCGUCAGCUCCCGUUGAGGAAGAAUUGCAGCUUCAGUAAUUUGAUUGCUCGCUGGUCACGUACUUCUACUUCAGCAGCGGUGAUCUCCUUACUGUGCUAAUGCUUGCCUUGCUUUUCUGAAUGACCGCUCCUGUACCACCUAUGAUUGUUUUCAUACACAUACUCGCAUUUCGAAAGAAUGAGAACAUGAUUCGUCUCAAUGUUGAUUUUGAAUACCAAUACCUGAGCAUUUAAAUUUCGAUUCCGUCCUUGUCAAAAAGCUCUCAAAUAUUUCCAUUUCGUUUUGUGAGAAUCUCAAUAUUUCGUCAAUAAGAAGAGACCACAGCGCCAUCUUUUGAAUUUGGUUCCUUUUUCGCUUGUGUUUUUCUAGCUGCUUAGGCUCUAAGUCUAACCACGAUAAAAUAGAAGAGAGUCAUCUGUCGAAAACAACGGCCACAGAAACUGAGAUUGAGAAUCAAGGUGGGCUCCCCGUGCUCACAUCACAAAUACAUUCAUUAUGACCUCCUCAGUCAUGUUGUAUAUUCCUCUCCCGCCCAGAUCAUCAGAAAUUCAACGAAUUGUUGAUGUUGAUCCUAUCUUUCCCUCAACACCCACGACAGGAGUCC